ACGUGCGGUCGAUGGAAUCCACACUUCAGCCGAAACCCAGCUGAAUUACCCUUACCCUAGAUCGGCCGGCUGUCGCGUGUGGUAUCCCGGUCGAUCAAACCACACUUCAGUCGAAAGUCGAAACCCAGCUGAAUUACCCUAGAUCGGUCGGCUGUCGACGCGUGAGAUAUAAUGACUCGACUCUGUAGGCGGCCGAUUCGAUCCAUGCUUCAGCCGGCCCAUGCGUAGCGCUUUUCUUUUUCUCUUUCCCCCGAAACAAAAAUCUGCCGCCGCCGUCCGAGAUCUUGACAAGCCAUGGCCUCCCAACGAGGGCCAACGUCGCCGGCGCCAGUGGCCACCACCACCGCCAUUACUGCUAUCUGCGACGACCUCCUCUGCGAGAUCUUCCUCCGCCUCCCCUCCCUCCCGAGCCUCGUCCGCGCCGCCCUCGCCUGCCGCGCCUUCCUCCAUGCGGUCCGAUCGUCUCCCGCCUUCCGCCGCCGCUUCCGGGCGGUCCACCCGCCCCAAAUCCUUGGAUUCUUCAACGGGCAAACAGGUAUUCAUUCCCUCAUUCCCCUCGACGGCCGGUCCGACCAUGACCUAGCCGCGGCCGUCCACGGCAGCGAUUUCCGCUUCAUCCGGCUCCCGAAAGACAGAGACGAGUCCAGGUCCAGGUGGGAGAUCCUCAAUGGCUGCCGCGACCGCUGCGGCUACGUCUUCCUCUGCAACGAGGACACCAACCAGAUAGCUGCCUACAACCCCCUCAAGUGGGCGCUGUAUAUCUUCCCCUACCCUCCCCAACAGGCAUGCGAUCCCCACUGCCUUGAUUUCCACAUCAUCUUCUCCGAGGAUGGCCAGAGGUCGUUCCGUGUGGUCUGUGUGCAGCAGAAGUUGGCUCGCUUCUCUGUCUUCUUAUCGGAUAGCAGGGAGUGGCAGAGUUUCUCUUGGGUGGCGCAGCCUGGGUACGAUGGAGGCGACAACUGUGUGCUCUCGUCUUACACUGAUACUGUGAUGAACGAAUUUGAUAGAUUAGCCUUCUGGAAAGACAAAAAUACAGGGUAUAUUGUCGUGCUCAACACUGUGACGCUGCAAAUAUCUCGAAUGGAUUUGCCGCAGCCGUUGAAAGAUAAAGACUCCACGCAAUUUGAACUUGGCCGGACCAACGCUGGGAAGCUUUGCAUGGUUUGCGCAGAUGGCUUCGGUGCCGACAAAACAAUGAUCGCGGUUUGGAUUUGGAGAGCCGAUGGUGAUGGUGUUGACAGGUGGAUGCAGCACAAGGUGUUCCCACUGAACACGUUUAUUGACGUCACGACGUGCUCAGCGGAGUAUGGUGUCAUCGUGGUGCAGGUUGUGGUGGUCAUCGAUGGAUUUGUGUUCCUGUGUAUUGAUUUUGGCAGCCUUACCAAGUUCUUCCUGUCUUUCUGCCUGGAAACGGAGAAUGUAAACGAGUUCUUCAAUCAUACAUUUCACAACGAUAUCCAUCCCUAUAUCAUGGCGUGGCCUCCUUCAUUGCUAAGCAACAAGGAGAAUUCAGAAACCAACAUUACUGGAGGCGAUGCGACAGAUGAUGGUCCUAUGGGUACAGAAGAAACUCUCUCUGUUCUCGGUGGCGGAGAAAGCAUCCAAACAAUUCGUGUACAGAGUCCCCUAAAGAUCACAGUUUUACUCGAGCGUAGAAAUUUAUUUAAUGUAUACUGUUCUUGAGGAUUAACAGAUGCAAGAGAUCGUAUCUUGAGGAUAAGUGCCGAAUUUGAUGUCUACAGUACAGCAUGUCAACAGAUUGCAGCAAAUCCCAUGCGUAUCCAUUCUUUUGUUUGAAUUGCUAAGUUUGUUCUGCUCUGCUCCGUGCUGACGUCAAAAAAACCCUCGCAUCAUAUCAGAUGUGAAUUCGAACCUAAUAAUCUUGGUGGUC